UGUUUGUCGGCAGUGACACCUGAGGCUCGGGAAAGAGCAGAGGAGAUCGGGGACAAGAGGCGACCGCAGUAAGGAUGUCUUUGAAUGAAGAAGGGUAUGUGGUUCGGAUCAGAGGACUACCUUGGUCCUGCACGCAGGAAGAGGUGGCUAGUUUCUUCUCCGACUGUGAUAUUGUUGGCAAAGUAAGUGGAGUAUGUUUCACCUACUCUAAAGAAGGCCGUCCCAGUGGAGAGGCAUUUAUUGAGCUGAAAACAGCCGAGGAUUUCAAGAAUGCCCUCGCCAAGGACCGUAAAUACAUGGGACACCGAUACAUAGAGGUGUUCAAGUCAAACCGUAGUGAGAUGGACUGGGUGCUGAAACGUAGCGGUCCUGCUGAUUAUGACAACUGCAGUGGCUGCAUGCUGAGACUUAGAGGCCUUCCCUUUGGCUGCAGCAAGGAGGAGAUUGUUCAGUUCUUCUCAGGGUUGAGAAUCGUGCCAAAUGGGAUAACACUGCCAGUGGACUACCAGGGGAGGAGCACAGGGGAAGCCUUCGUGCAGUUUGCCUCAAAGGAGAUAGCAGAAAAGGCUCUGGGGAAACACAAGGAAAGAAUAGGGCACAGGUAUAUAGAGAUUUUUAAGAGCAGUCGUAAUGAGAUCAAAGCCUACUAUGAGCUUCCCCGGCGGGGGAUGGGAGGCCAGAGACCAGGGCCCUACGAUAGACCCGUGAUGGGGGGCCCCAGAGGAGGAUUUUUUGGGCCUGGCCCUGGCCGCGGUGGGGCUCUGAUGGACACCAUGAGGAGUGGAGGGGGCUACGGAGGAGGUUACAGUGGCUUUGACAGCUACAACGGUUUCAACAACUACUGUUUCGGCAAUGGCAUGUUUGAUGAGCGAGUGAGAGGAGAGAGGGGAGGAAGAGGCAUGGGAGGCCACGGUUACAGUGGUCAAAGUGACAGUUGUUCAAGCUUCCACAGCGGCCAUUUUGUCCAUAUGAGGGGUUUACCUUUCCGUGCCACAGAGGGAGACAUCGCUAAAUUCUUCUCUCCUUUGAAUCCACUGAGGGUCCACAUUGAUGUGGCUCCAAACGGCAAGUCGACAGGAGAAGCAGAUGUGGAGUUUCGCUCCCAUGAAGACGCUGUGGCAGCCAUGUCCAAAGACAAGAACCACAUGCAGCAUCGCUAUAUUGAGCUGUUUCUUAACUCAACAGCCAGUGGGGCAACCGACAUGAGUCGUGGUGGCGGCGGAGGCGGUUACUACAGUAACUCAGGAGGGGGCGGAGGGUCACGGAGUAGUGGGCUGCGAGGUGCAUACUGAUGAUGUCAUCCCACCUCUUCUAAUCCAUCCUGAUGUUUCUGUCUCGCAUCUCUAUGGGCCACAUUUACUCGAUUAGCAUUUCUAAGCAGGAAAGCUGAUGUGAAGUCGCUCAUUUGUUCUUUUUAUUGUUUGGUUGUACUGAAACUUCACUUCACGUACUACAACAGAACAGAUGUGACCUUAACAAGCACUAUCAGUACACCAUUCCUAAAAGCUUGCAAAGAACAAAACAAUGUGUCAGUACUAAAAUGUUGGCGCUGUUGUAGGUGCUAAACAUGGCUGACUGGUCAUAUUGGAGAUUUCUUGUUUAUCUUAUAUGUUUAAGAACAGUUGGGAUGUUGUAAUCUCGUUUUUCAUGGUUCACAUUGAAAAUAACAUUUUCUCUAGUGAUCUAAUUAAGAGAAAACACAUUUAUUCUUUUUCCCCCAGAGUUUUGAAUGGCACUUAGAGGUCGGUAACUGAAUGUCUUAACAGUUUAUAGUGACUUCAUUUGGAAACACUUUAAUUCACUUUGUUUCACAGCUCACUGUUUGUAGGAGAUCUAAGUCGGUACAGAUGCAGCAGGGAUACAGAGCUUCAUGGGACACAGAUUAACAGCUGUGAGAUUAGUUUGAUACAUGAGCAAAGAAUGAUUUUGUUUGGCACUGUCAGGACUGAGCAUGGUCACUUUGAAUCUCAUCACGUGAUAUUAAGUCUGCUUUGACUUGUUGAUGUGGGUGAUGCUCUUUAGGAGGUGGAGCAGUGAGAAGCAACGUCAAAACAUUACUUUGUAAAAAGUUCAGAUUUAAAAAAAAACAACAAAGUUUUAAAGUUCUUUGUUUAUUCUGGUUUUAAUUUAUUUUCGGCAGAACACUUUUCCAUCCAGUAAAACACUGAUUCAAAGUGGAUUUGAGAUUAGCUUUCCUGCUUUGAAAUGUUUUAUAAAUGUGAGCCAGUGUGUUUUUUAUGAAUGUUUUCACAAUUCAUUACAGAAUUUAAAACUAAGUUGAAUAUUAUAUUCCACUCCGAGUGGAAGUAAAAGAAAGUCUCUAUAUUUGAGCUGUAAAAUAGCUUAUGCAGCUGUUGUACAUUUUGCCGAAUAAAUUUUAUAUUUAAUUCUC